GCUUCCCUUUCCUUUUAGUGUACUGUGUGAAUCAGGUGCUUGUUCUCUUUUGUUGAGCUAAGGCUAUAUCGGCGACUUGCACCGUUAUUAUCAUCUCAUCUAACUUCAGUAUAUUUUAUGCAAGUAACAAACAUGAACACGAAAGCUGAACUUGCUUGCGUUUAUUCAACAUUAAUUCUUGUUGAUGAUGACGUCGCUGUAACUGGCGAAAAAAUUCAAACAAUAUUAAAAGCCGCCAAUGUUGAUGUAGAAUCAUAUUGGCCCGGCCUUUUUGCGAAGGCUUUAGAAGGAGUUAAUAUAAAAGAACUUAUAACAACUAUUGGAUCAGGAGUUGGAAGUGCACCAGCAGCAGCACCAGCAGUAGCUGCACCUGUUAGUACAGAAAGUGCACCUGCUAAGGAAGAGAAGAAGAAAGAAGAACCUGAAGUGGAAUCUGAUGAUGAUAUGGGCUUUGGGUUGUUCGAUUAAGCUCAAGGAUCAUAAUUUAUUGAUCUAUUUAUUUGUACAGUUGUAUUGUACACUAAAUAAAAUAAUUUUAAACUAAA